AUGGAUUCGAUCAUUAUUCAGGAGCGGUUAGUGGAGCGGCUGCUUUCUCCCCGGACGCAGGCACAGCGAAGCCACCCGGCCAAGCUGAAGGACCACGAGAAGCAGUACGUGGGCUUUGCCACUCUGCCGAACCAGGUCCACCGGAAAUCUGUGAAGAAGGGUUUCGACUUCACCCUGAUGGUCGCAGGAGAGUCGGGCCUGGGCAAAUCCACGCUGGUGAAUAGCCUGUUCCUGACAGACCUCUACAAAGACAGAAAGCUCCUCAAUGCAGAGGAGAGAAUCAACCAGACAGUGGAGAUUGUCAAGCACACGGUGGACAUUGAGGAGAAGGGUGUCAAGCUGAAGCUGACUAUAGUGGACACACCAGGCUUUGGAGAUGCUGUUAACAACACUGAGUGCUGGAAGCCCAUUACUGACUACAUUGACCAGCAGUUUGAACAGUAUUUCCGUGAUGAGAGCGGCCUGAACCGGAAGAACAUCCAGGACAACCGAGUGCAUUGCUGCCUCUACUUCAUCUCACCCUUCGGGCAUGGGCUGAGGCCUGUGGAUGUUGAGUUCAUGAAGGCUCUGCAUGAGAAGGUCAACAUUGUGCCCCUGAUUGCCAAAGCUGACUGCCUGAUCCCCUCCGAGAUCCGGAAGCUAAAAGAGAGGAUCCGGGAAGAGAUUGACAAAUUUGGCAUUAAAGUGUACCAGUUUCCUGAGUGUGACUCUGAUGAAGAUGAGGAUUUCAAGCAGCAAGACAGAGAGCUGAAGGAGAGCGCUCCCUUUGCUGUCAUCGGCAGUAACACUGUGGUGGAGGCGAAAGGCCAGCGAGUCCGUGGACGGCUCUACCCCUGGGGCAUUGUGGAAGUGGAAAACCAGGCACACUGCGACUUUGUGAAGCUGCGGAACAUGCUGAUCCGGACACACAUGCACGACCUGAAGGACGUCACUUGUGAUGUCCACUAUGAGAACUACCGAGCUCAGUGCAUCCAGCAAAUGACCAGCAAGCUGACUCAGGACAACAGGAUAGAAAGCCCGAUUCCUAUUCUGCCUCUCCCAACACCAGACACUGAGACAGAGAAACUGAUCAAAAUGAAGGAUGAGGAGUUACGGCGGAUGCAAGAGAUGCUGCAGAAGAUGCAGCAGCAGAUGCAGGAUCAGUGAGAGGCAGGUACUCGGAGG